UUAGUUUUUAUCUGACUACACAUCAAUUUGGCACUAAAUUUUUUAUCCAAAGUAGCUGUUAGUGUUUGACAGGAUUAAAUUUAAUGGAGAUUCAAGAGAAUCAAAGUAACAGUAAUUACAAAUCGUGGUCGGAGACCGGAAGCACCAGCGGCGCCGGGAGUUUCAAGGACGAAGACAAAUGCGUGGAAAUCACGCUCGAUGUCGGAGACGACUCGGCCGAGUCCACUCAGAUAGAUCAUCAGAUUCAGAACAUGUCCGCCGACACCGCCCGCGUCUUCAAUGGACUCAAAUUCGUGAACGAGAGGAAAACCUUCUCCGAGUCAGAAGAAGGCUGGCCUGAGAUCGAGCGGCGUUUCGAUCUAUUGGCCAACAACUUUGGAAUCCUCCCCAAAUCGGAGUUUGGCCAAUGCAUAGGGAUGGAGGUGGGGUCGAGAGACUUUGCAAACGAACUGUUUGAUGCAUUGGCUCGGCCGAGAGGUAUAACGUCAGCUUCAGUGCUCAAAGAUGAGUUACACGAAUUUUGGGAACAGAUCACAAAUCAGAGCUUCGAUGUUAGGCUGGAAACUUUCUUUGACUUGGUGGACAAAGAUGGAGACGGUCGAAUCACUAAAGAAGAAGUGAUAGAGAUCACAAUGUUAAGUGCUGGUGCAAACAGAUUGGCUAUAAUUAGAGACCGUGUUGAAGAAUAUGCAGCUCUUAUCAUGGAAGAGUUGGACACAGAUAACCCUGGAUAUAUUCAGAUAAACGACUUGGAAAUACUACUUCUUCCAGACCCAACCAAACCAAGUAACAUUAAAAUGGGGUUGAACAAUUUUGUCCUUAGAAAAUCAAUAAGCAUGAAGGUUGGAAAAAUAGACUACAACCCCAUCUGCAGGCGGCUCGAAUAUUUCGUAGAGGAGAACUGGAGGCAGAUUUGGGUGGUGGGGCUUUGGGUUGCAAUCUGUACGUGCCUUUUUACUUGGAAAUUCUUUCAGUACAAGAAUCGAGCCAUUUUCAAAGUUAUGGGCAAUUGUGUUACCACAGCCAUGGGUGCAGCCGAGACCCUCAAGUUCAACAUGGCCUUAAUUCUUCUACCGGUGUGUAGAAAUACCCUUACUUGGCUAAGGAGCAACACUAAGUUGGGAGUGGUGGUUUCCUUUGAUGACAAUAUUAAUUUCCACAAGAUCAUCGCUACGGGGAUUAUAAUUGGAGUGGGUCUACAUGUAGGAGCACAUUUAACAUGUGAUUUUCCAAGGUUACUCCAUGCUACAGCUGAGGAAUACAAGCAAAUAUUUGGUGAAGAACGACCCAAUAAUUAUUGGUGGUUCUUAAAAGGCAUAAACGGGUGGACAGGAUUGGUCAUGCUAGUCCUAAUGGCUAUACCUUUCACCUUAGCACAUGGUGGGUUCCGAAGAAAUAGGUUAAACCUUCCUAGAACCCUAAGUAGACUUUAUGGGUUCAAUGCUUUUUGGUACUCUCACCACUUGUUUGUUAUCGUUUACGUCCUUUUGAUCGUUCAUGGAUCUCAUCUCUACCUCUCUAACAAAAGUUACAAUAAGACUACAUGGAUGUAUUUGGCUGUACCAAUCCUUCUUUAUGUUUGCCCGAGCUCGAUGCCAAGGCUCCUCAUCGAUGGUCCAUACGGUGCAGCUUCACAAGAUUACAAAGAUUAUGAGGUUGUGCUCGUCAUAAGCCUUGGAGUUGGAAUUGGUGUGAGUCCUAUGAUAAGCAUUCUCAAAGAUGUUCUUUAUGGCAUGAAACAACGGAAGGAAACAAAAGGUGGAAUAGGAGAAAAUGGGGUUAAUAAGAGAAAGCCUAUUACCCUCAAAAAAGCCUAUUUCUAUUGGGUCGCUAGGGGGCAAGCCUCGUUCGAGUGGUUCUUAGGUGAAUUGAAUGAAGUGUAUGAGAACGAUAGUGAUGGGGUUAUUGAGAUUCACAGUUACUGCACUUCUAUAUAUGAAGAAGGAGAUGCUCGCUCUGCUUGGAUCUCUAUGCUUCAGUCUCUUAAUCAUGCUAAGAGGGGAUUUGAUAUUGUGUCUGGGACAAAGGUCAAGACCCAUUUUUUUGCACCAAAUUGGCGGGAUGUCUUCGAGGGCUUAGCAAUGAAUCAUGUCGAUCAAAAAAUUGGUGUAUUCUAUUGUGGUGGACCUCCAUUAAGCCACGAGAUAAAAAAUCUAUCCCAAGAGUUGUCCCGGAAAUCAACCACCAAAUUUGACUUCCACAAAGAGACCUUCUAG